AUGUACCAGUUUCUUGACGAUUUGAACGCGGACCAGCGCGCGGCGGCGACUGCUCCGCUGGACGGCGUGCUGCUUGUUCUUGCGGGUCCGGGCACGGGCAAAACGAAGGUGAUCACCGCGCGCGUGGCGUACCUGAUGCUCCACUACAAGCUUCCUCCCGAGGACAUAGUGGUGGCCACGUUCACCAAGAAGGCCGCGAACGAGAUGGUUGAACGGCUGGACGUGCUGCUUGCGCAGUUUCCGGAGGUGGACCACAAAAAACUCAUGAUCGGGACGUUCCACUCGAUCUGCGUGCGGAUUCUGCGUCGGUACGGUCGUCUGAUCGGGCUCAACUCCGGGUUCAAGAUCGCCGACGAGGCAGAUUCGCGUCAUUUGGUGAAGAAGGCGGUCAAGACUUUGUCACAGGAAGGCGUUGAUCUGGCGUCGAAGGAACAGGACGUCAAAUCGUACAAGAAUUAUAUUUCAUCGCAUAAAAAUAAGGCCCAGCUACCAGACGAUGUUCCGUCUGCCAAGUCGGCCAACCACCGCAACAAGUAUCUCGACAUUUACAGGGAGUACCAGGAGGAGCUUUUGCGGAACAACGUGAUCGAUUUCGACGACUGUUUGUUGCUGACACACACGCUUUUGAAAAAACAUCCGUAUUGCAUGGGUCGGGUGAAACACGUGCUUGUUGACGAGUUCCAGGAUACCAAUGCUGUUCAGCUUGGAUUGGUUUAUAUGCUCUCGGGCUACAACGAGUCUCAUUUGCAUAACGUGACUGUGGUUGGAGAUCCGGACCAAAGUAUCUAUGGCUUCAGAAACGCAGAAGCAGAGAAUUUCUUCCGGAUGGAGGACUACUACCGCCAGAAAGGUGUCACUGUGUCCAAGGUGUCGCUAACACAGAACUAUAGAUCAACAAGCAACAUCUUGAACCUGGCCGAACAGCUCAUGGGACAGCAGUUUGGCAAACGGGAGCAAAAGAAGCUGAAAUCCAAUAAAAAGGUGAAUCUGCCUGUUGAGCUGUUCAGCAGCGCCGACAACAAGGUGGAAGCCAUCAGUAUUUCAAAGAAGAUCAAGGAGCUCGUGGACGGUGCGGUGUUCCGGUGUUCGGACGUGGCUAUUUUGCUUCGUGCUGGUUUUCUAUCGCGGGUGAUCGAACAGGAACUUAUCCACUCGAACUUGCCGUACCAGGUGGUUCACGGCAGAUCUUUCUGGGAGAACAAGGAGAUCCGUUUAAUGAUGAACUUCAUGCGUGCCGUUGCCUCUGACAUGGACUGGUUGGGGUACAGUCGGUGUUUGGAGUUCCAUGUUGCUGGACUUGGGCCGAAAUCGAUGCAAAUUAUUGAAGACUUGUUUAUGGAGCAACGCGCCCACAACGAGCCGGGAAACGUGUUGGCGAUCCUUGAGGGCAUUGCCGAGGGCCGUGUGAAGGGCAUUAUGGCGAAAUCGGUGGCUGGAAUCAAGGAAGUCUUGGACAUAAUCAAAUCCUCGCGGAAACUGCUACUGGACGACAAAACCGAGCAGGAACAGCUUUCUACAAUGUUCAACAACAUCGUCACCAAGACCAAACUGGUUUCCAUAAUUGCCAAAGAGCGUGCAGACAAACACGACUCUCCGGAGGAGGAGAUCGAGGCCAAUUUGAACGAGUUGCAAAACCAGCUUGUCAGUUUCAACAUCCAGGAAGAGACGCUGUUACAGGACGCGUAUGAGACAGAGGAUUUGAUUGAAGUGGCAGAUGAGUCGUUUGAUGCUCUGGCAGAAACAAGCGCCAGUCUCGACAAACUUACGCAGUUCCUGGACUCGGUGUAUCUUUACGAGGAAACGAAGGACGCCAAAAAGACAGCUCCCAAAAUCACAAUCACAACUGUUCACGGGUCCAAGGGACUUGAGUGGCCCGUGGUGUUUGUUCCUGCCCUAUGUGACGGCAUCUUACCGUCGCAGUACGCGCUCAAUACGUCUUUGGACGAGGCCAAACGACAAGCGGCUUUGGACGAGGAACGGCGGUGCAUGUACGUUGCUGUGACCAGGGCCAAGGAACGGCUAUUUCUCAGUUACCACCACCGCGCGCUUGGGUUCAGCAUGGGAGACCAGGCGAAGACCAAAAGCCGGUUUUUAAAUCUGCCCAAGGGAUUCGUGCAAUCGUCCAAAGCUGCCAUGUUGAAAGGACCGCCUUUGAACCUGUCGCAGCCGACUUCACGCUUUGCUAAUGUUAUGCGCUCGUCUCCAAGCCUGAACACCACCUAUAAAGGGUUCCAGCCGGCGUCUAAACUGACGGGAAACGCCUUCACCCCAGAAGGACUGACGAAAAUCUCCAAACCAACGAAAAAACGACUCGGCAUGGGAAGACCACUACGCUUUUUAAAGAAAUAA